GAAUUUCUUAGUCAGUUGUUGUUGCUGCAAUUGUGCUGUGUUCAAAGUGGUGGUGGUUGUUGUUGUUGUGGUGUCUGUUGUAUUUAUUAGCCGUAAAGUGUAAAGUGAGAUCAUCUAGCCAUCAAGCAAACCACCAUGCCCGCUCAUACACAUACAGCGACGAACGUCAAACAUUCACACGAAUAGUGCCCCCAUCAACAAUGGCAUGCUGUUUACAAGACGAAAAUAUAUUCACUUGUUGCUUUUGUUGUUACUCAUUUUGGCUAUGCCUCUUGGAGCAGAUGUACAGCUCCAUUUGGUUGUUCUCUCUUGGCGCUGAGUUCAUUCAAUUGCAUGCGUUGGGCGCCACUUAUCUACAAACACCGCCACUGUAUACCGCGGACAAUUAUCACCAAUGUGUUGUACACCAAAGGGCUACCUAUUGUAUGGUAUAUGUAGAAAUUCAACCCGAUAAUGGUUCCGAGAUAUGGCAAAAAAUUAAGGGUAACCAUAGUUCAACUAAAUUUCGCUAUCGACAUGAUCAAGUGUAUCGCGGUAUAUGCGCAAUUAACAUAAAAAACCAUUCGUCUCAAACGUUAAACAUAUCACCAACAAAUGCCCAUUCAAAAAAUCCUCACAGUGACAACGUGCAUAUGGCCAAAGAACUCUGGAAAAUAUCUCGUAGGCAAAAAUCCAUUGGGCUGUAUGAACAACAAUUGCAUGAGCACAUCAAUGAGGAAAUGCAAACCAAAUAUAAUUUGAGUGCGAAAACUUUUGUAACGUACUGUGAAAAUCCCAAGGAACCAUUAAACAAAGAGCCUUCAUAUUACUAUGCGAUUUCUUUAUUGAUCGCGAUUGGCAUUCUUAACAUUCUUUCAACUAUCUUCGAUGCCUACUUUAAAAUGCAAUACACAAAAAAUAGGAGUAACAUUGAAUAUGGGUAUUAUGACGUAGCUCACAAAUUUCCAGAUCUAAGCUUCAUGGAUGGCUUUCGCAGUAUAUUGUCAUUUGUAAUAGUCUUCGAACACAUGAACUUGAUCCAAUUCUUGCCACUGCAUAAUCCUCACUUUUUGGAGAAGUCCAUCACAACUUCGUUUGCGUUGUCCAUGAUCCAUAUGGUGGCCUGCAUAGAAUUAUUUUUUGUUAUGAGUGGCCUAUUCUUGUACCUAAAGUUUGACCAAAAUGGCUUGAUAACAAAACAAUCCAGUCUUAAAGAAUGCUUCAAAGUUUAUGGCCGCAUGAUGGCAUCGAGAUAUUUAAGAUAUAUGCCCUCCAUUCUAUUGCUAAUACUAUUUUCCUCCAGUAUUUUGCUAUACCUUGGGACAGUUAAGUUUCUCUCACCUUUAUGGAGACACCUUGUAGAGCCCAAUGUUGUCAUGUGUCAAAAUAAAUGGUGGUCGAAUGUCUUUAUGGUCUCAAAUUUAAAGUUCAAUAACUACUGUUGGUUGCAUACCUGGUACAUCGCUGCAGACUUUCAGUUAUAUGCCAUUUUUCUAUUCAUUUUGGUUUUAUCGGCAAAAUAUCCGCAAUGGAAAAAAUACCUAUACACUCUAAUAGGAGUUCUUGGCAUACUUCUUCCAAGCGCCAUAAGUUAUAUAAAAAAAUUGGACUCCGUAGUGACUAUGAGUUUUGAAAAUUAUCGCCACAUGUAUGUGAAAAACGCCGAAACGGGUGAACACAUGUACAUUAGUUCAUAUGCCAAUCUUAAUGCGUUUUUCGUGGGCAUUAUCUGCGGCGAAUUGUACGUUAAGUACCUGAAGCAUGACAAAUAUAAACGUCUGGUGGGAGACUUCCUUAAACCAUUACCUCCAUUGGGCUGUCUUUGCAUAGCAUUCAUUUGGUAUUUAGGUUCGAAAUUAAUCCUGCAGGAAGCUUCAAUAUGGACAGCUUUAUUCGCCAUACUAUAUAAAAAUGUAGUAGUCUACAUAGUGGUCACUAUUGUCAUAUUGAGAAAAAUGUGCAUGGGCAGUGGGUUCCUUUCCUUGCCUAUAUUCCGUUUGGUGGCACGGAUAUCUUAUCAAAUUUAUCUGUGGCAUGUCAUUGUACUUCAUAUAAUAUUGGGAUCAUAUAAGCAACCACUUAAUGUAACAGGUCUCCUCAUGAGUAAGGUAUUUUUCGCCACCUAUAUUUCAUCCGUUGCAUUGGCAUUAGUUCCGGCUGUCAUGGUGGAGUAUCCAAUAGCCGAGAUUCUGAAUGUUAUUGAAAUAAAAAAACGUCCAAAAAAUCAGAAGACAGAAAGACAGAAACUCACAUAUACAGCUUUUGAAAAUAUCGGUACAUUACAUAGGAAAAUCUACAUGAACGUGGGCAAAUGA